AGGAAAGAAAGGGAAAGGACGAAGGGAAUUGGAGGCAAUUUGCGCUGCCAUGAUUCUCUCAUCCCGUCUUUCGUUACGCCCGUUUUGAUCCCAGGAGUUGGCUCUGGCCUCCGCCCCGACUGCGACGAUGUACCAUCUGGCCAGGUCGUUGUAUAUGUACGCUACUAGCAAAGAGGAGUACUCCGUCAUCCUUCUUGGGCUAGAUAAUGCUGGCAAAACUACGCUCCUUUCGCAAAUCAAGGCUCUCUACCAACCUCGUGCCGAGGGCGCUCCUGCUCCGAACCCCGGCAAAACCGUGCCUACAGUCGGCCAAAAUGUCGCCACGAUCAACCUUCCGGAUAUGUACCUGAAGAUUUGGGAUGUGGGGGGUCAACUAACCAUGAGGAACCUAUGGCAAAGUUACUAUUCGAGUUGUCAUGCGAUUGUUUUCGUUGUCGAUAGUACCGAUGUUGGCCAAGAUCCAGAUAUCACCCGACUUCCUUCGAAUCGGCGAUCCAGUUCAGGAUCCGGCCCUUCGGGGGGCAGCUCCGAUACGUUCACUGAACAGGCGGUCGGCAUCGAUGCGCCCGAUAGUGACUUUGGUCGGCUCAACGAGUGUCGCGAAGUGUUGGAAUCGGUCUUGAAGCACGCGGAUGUGGCGGGUGUCCCCAUUCUGGUCCUGGCAAACAAACAAGAUCGAGAAGAUUCGGUAGAAGUUGUGCGCAUCAAGGAGGGGUUCGUGCGCAAGGUCUUUGAGGGAGAAACCGGAAAUGCCCUGCGCGACAGUCGCGUCUUACCGAUCAGUGCGCUUCUGGGCACAGGAGUCCAGGAAGCUGUGGAGUGGGUUCAGACUCGAGUCAAAUGGAACAAGGAGGGACGGCCUCCGGUCAUGAGGUGAUUUGUUAUGGGGGGGCCUCUACGUAAAAGCGGAGCUGAAGUUGCCCUCUGUGCCUGGCUGGGUAGGUGAAACAGCCAGGAACAAGCACUCCUAGAACUUCGAUUUGUGCUCCCUUGCUGCUAUUCUACCAGCUAGGGCUUUUUCUUUAAUGGCGCAGGAAGGAACUGUUUGUACGCAAAGAUACCUUAGUUUAAUCAUUUUUCUUCAAUUUUUUUUUCUAGAUAUUCGCGGGAUAUAUCCAAUCCAAUUUCCAUAGUCGAUCUGCUAAUGUGCAAUUGAUGAGGAUAUAGACA